UUCGACUUCUCUCAUCUUCACUACUUCAUCACUACCUCAUCUCAUUCAACAACCCUUUCUUUCGUCACUUCAAGUAGAUACAUCGUACAAGACAAGAUGGCCGGUGGCAUGGAAAGAGCUAAGAAGGAGACGAUCAAGAUCGAAUCAGAAGAGCGUGAAUCGAAGUUUGGAUCCGUCUUCUCAGUCUCUGGUCCGGUAGUCGUUGCCGAGCGGAUGGCUGGCGCUGCCAUGUACGAGUUGGUCCGUGUUGGACACGACGAACUGAUCGGUGAGAUCAUCAGGAUCGAUGGCGAUAGGGCUACCAUUCAAGUUUAUGAGGAAACCAGUGGGAUGACCAUUGGUGAUCCUGUCCUUCGUACCGGGAAACCUCUAAGUGUCGAGCUCGGUCCCGGUCUCAUGUCGAAUAUCUACGAUGGCAUCCAGAGACCAUUAAAGUCAAUCUCUGAACUCUCUAAUUCGAUUUAUAUUCCUCGUGGUAUCAACACUCAAGCACUCGACCGAUCCCGUCAAUGGGAAUUCACACCGACUAACUAUCGAGUCGGUGAUCAUCUGAGCGGUGGUGAUAUCUAUGGUACCGUAUACGAAAACUCCUUAGUCUCAGCUCAUAAGAUUAUGCUUCCCCCAAGAGCAAUGGGUACUAUCACUCAUAUUGUCGAGAAAGGCUCUUACUCGGUCGAUGAUGUCAUUUUGGAGACUGAGUUCGAAGGCAAGAAGACCACACACACCAUGUGUCAACUAUGGCCCGUUCGAGCGCCAAGACCGGUGGCCGAAAAACUGACUGCCGACUAUCCCCUCUUGACCGGCCAGCGGGUUCUCGACUCCCUUUUUCCGUGCGUCCAAGGUGGUACGACAGCCAUUCCUGGUGCUUUUGGAUGUGGUAAAACAGUGAUCUCACAGGCCGUUUCCAAAUUCUCAAACUCCGACAUUAUCAUUUACGUGGGUUGUGGAGAACGUGGUAAUGAGAUGGCCGAAGUACUGAUGGAAUUUCCAGAACUUACGAUGGAUUUCAAUGGGACGGAAGAACCGAUCAUGAAGCGUACCACCCUUGUUGCCAAUACCUCCAACAUGCCCGUCGCCGCUCGAGAGGCUUCUAUUUACACCGGAAUCACACUUUCCGAGUAUUACAGAGAUAUGGGCAUGAAUAUUGCGAUGAUGGCUGAUUCUACCUCCCGUUGGGCUGAGGCACUCCGAGAAAUCUCGGGUCGACUGGCUGAAAUGCCUGCGGAUUCUGGUUAUCCUGCCUACCUGGGUACCAAGCUUGCCAGUUUUUACGAACGAGCUGGCAAAACUAAAUGUCUUGGAAACCCAGAGCGAUUUGGAACGGUAUCCAUCAUUGGAGCUGUAUCGCCCCCUGGUGGUGACUUUUCAGACCCCGUCACCUUCCAAACCUUGGGGAUUGUCCAAGUCUUCUGGGGAUUAGACAAAAAACUGGCCCAGCGGAAGCAUUUCCCUUCGGUCAACUGGAAUUUAUCUUAUUCAAAAUAUAUGUCGGUUCUCCAACCCUGGUAUGCUAAAACUGAACCCGAGUUUGUAAACUUCAGGAGCAAAGCGAAGGACGUGCUCCAGAAGGAAGAUGAGCUAGCUGAGAUUGUCCAGCUGGUUGGGAAGAGUGCGCUAGGAGAGGGCGACAAAGUGACUUUGGACGUGGCUCGGCUUAUCAAAGACGAUUACUUGCAACAAAAUGGAAUGAGCAGCUACGAUCGGUACUGUCCAUUUUACAAAACCAAUGCGAUGCUUAAGAACUUGAUGACUUACUACACCUGUGCCCAGAAGGCUGUCGAGUCCAACGUGGGUGGCAAGAAUCUGACUUGGGCGAAAGUUCGAGACGCCACAAGCGAUGAGUGGUAUCGAUUGAGUCAGAUGAAAUUUGAGGAUCCUAAAGAUGGUGAAGAGACUCUGCUUAAGAGGUUCCAUCAACUCUGCGAUGACAUCACCAAGAAAUUUGAAAGCUUGGCCGACUGAUUUAAAUAUGGAUGAUCAUCAAGCUUGUCAUCCAUGUAUCUAAACGCAAACAGGUCCGUGGCAUUAUGAGCAUUGGUUGACAAUGCAAGCAUCCUGCUAAAAAAACCAAUUUAGGAUUUUUCUCCAUCUUCUACUCUCCACAAGGUUUUCCAUAGUUUUUUGUUGUAUCCUAUAUUUUGUCUCCUUUAUUUUCCUGGGUUGAAUUCUGACUGAAAGAUUUGAAAAACCCCAGUUGUGUCCUCCUGUGUCUUUGUUUUUGUUUCAUUCUUUUUUUUAUCCUUAGCAUCAAUUAGAAAAAAAUCAUCAAUGUUUUCUUUUCUCUAAUUUCCAAAUAUUAUUUUUUUUGACUGUUUUUAGUUGAAUCAAGUUCACAUUUUACUUCUCAUUUUUACCCACUGGUAAUACUUUACUAGUUCUUUCUCAAAAUGUAUGUUUUUGAGAUUAUCUGGUACCAAAACAUAACCUUUCAUAAACAGCUCUUGGACAUCUUUCUAAUGAAUUCUGAAUUUAUAAACAUACUGG